CUUCGCUCUUAUAACCCACCCUCCUCUUAACCUUUGACACACAAAGCGAAUUAAAACAUGUUGAUGGCUUUUCGUCUGCAUGUUAUUUUGGCUUUCAUCGGCUUCUUCGCUCUCGGUGUCUGUGCGCAAUUGUCAAGUACCUUUGCACAACCUAACGUCACACAAACCGUGGCACACCUAAAAGCAAGGCAAGCUUCUGAUGGAAACGGCCAUAAUAGAAACAAUGGUUCAUCCAGUUUAAUCAUCAGCAGCUCCCGUAGCUCUCAUAAGCGUUCGAGAACUGACACUUCUUUUCCCGACUCCAUAACAUCGUUUAUACCAACCUCCUCCUCCUCCUCCUUUUCCAUACCACUCUCAACCAGCUCUGAUUCAUCUUCUGACUCGGCAAUUUCUUCUCCUACAACCCAAGACUCUGCAUCGACUACUCCUACUGACCAGCCGAUCUCCACCACCCAAACCCAGAGAGGCGACUCUACCACCACUGAUGCACCAAGCUCGAGUGACUCUGCUUCAGUUACUCCUGAUCCUACUACACCUUCACCUGUGACAACUGAUCCGAUAUCGCCCACGACGCCAGACAUAUCUCCGUCGUCGUCAUCAUCAUCAUCAUCAUCUAUCUCUUCUCCUUCUUCUACUUCAGAAUCGUCGGCUUCAUCUAUUGCACAAAAUACUCAGACUUCCACCACAGAUUCGUCAUCAGCCGCGCUCACUUCAUCCAGUGAUACGCUUCUACCUACUAGCACUGAUGUUAUGACCAGUAGCGAUGCGACUUCCUCUGCAGUGCCUAGCGAAACAGCUUCCCAACAGCAAUCUGGUGACGCUACAAGCUCCGCUAACAAUACCGGAGCUAUUGUUGGUGGUGUAGUGGGCGGUGUAGCUGGUCUUAGUCUCAUAGCUGGGUUGAUAUGGUUUUGCAGGGUCCGUCGACGCAAGCAAGCAGAAAAAAAUAUGCCUUUCUAUGGGGACGACAUGGUCGAAAGCGACUUUAGAGAUCCUGAUCAAACAGCGCUUGGAGCUUCUCCGAUGAGACCGUUUGUACCACCUGCAGCUGUUAUGGAGGACGAACACCAUUCCGACCUUCAAUCUCAACCUUCCCAAGGAUACUACGAUUCAAUGUAUGCAGGUCAAUAUAUGAAUCAACCUCCUAGUGCUGGAUACGAAGACUAUAACCCAAGCUAUGGAACACCGACCGAAGCAAGCUCGGUUACUGCUCCUCAAUCUGACUACGUCGCUGCACUGAUGGCGCAAAGAGCACGAGCCAAUACAGAGUAUGGACAAUCAGAAGGCUAUGAUUUUGGCACAGAGAGAGAACAACUACCUUCUCCAACUGGAAUAAAACCUGAUACGCAAGACGAUAUUCACUACGGGAAGCCCGAUUCUCGAGAAUAGAUUUUUUGAAUAGCAGCCGGACGGACGGAAAAGCGGCGAAAACUAGACAGUGGCUCAAUGCCCAAAAAUAAUCUUCUGCCAAGCCGUCUUUUACCCUUUUU